AUGAUGACGAUGAUGACGGUGACGAUGAUGAUUGUGAUUGGUGAUGAUGACGAUGACGAUGAUGAUGAUGAUGAUGACGGUGGUGAUGAUAACGAUGGUAAUAACGAUGAUGAUGUUAAUGAUGAUGAUGAUAGUGAUGAUGAUAGUGAUGAUGAUAAUGAUGAUGAUGAUGAUGAUAGUGAUGAUGAUGAUGAUGAUGAAGGAGAAGAACAACAACAAAGUCCCAUACCAUAUUAA